CAACAUUCAUUUUCAUUUGUAGCACGCUCGCGAGUGGACGUGUCGUAGUUCCCAGCUCUUUCGCUAUAUAGCACAAAUACCUCUAUACUAUAUAUAUAUCUGCAUAUAUAAAAAUAUAUAUAUAACUAGUAUAUAUAGUGACUGCAGAUCUUACACCUGCCGCGCAGCGCGUAGGGUGCUAAAAGCACCAGUGCCUAUCGAAGUAGGAUUCAAGUGUUUGUGCCACAAAGCCCGAGCUAGCUUGCAACUCGCAGUUCGUGCAACUUAACGUGCCGCCAAGGCAUGCGAAUAAGUGUGCUUAAGUUAACAAAAUUCAAAUUGUCAAAAUCCAGUGCUGCCCCAAACCAGCACAGUUAACAGCGACGCAGGAGGGCCCCAACGGGUGCCUCGGAUAAAAAACAGGAACAGGAAGUCAAAACAAAGCGGAAGAAGCCGACAACAAGCGAAGGAAGCAGAAGAAGCAGCUUAAACCAUGGAGCAGUUCGAACAGUUGCUGACGUGCUGCGUCUGCCUGGACAGGUAUCGCAUACCAAAGCUGCUGCCUUGCCAGCACUCCUUCUGCAUGGAGCCCUGCAUGGAGGGAUUGGUCGACUAUGUGCGGCGUCAGGUCAAAUGUCCCGAGUGUCGUGCCGAACAUCGCAUACCCUACAAUGGGGUGCAGGCCUUUCCCACGAACGUCACGUUGCAGCGAUUUUUGGAGCUGCAUAUUGAAAUAACCGGCGAGUUGCCGGAUCCCACCUCAGGUCAAAUCAUGGAGCGCUGCGGCGUUUGCUCCGAGAAGGCCUAUCUCUCCCACUGUGCGCACUGCGAGAAGAAGAUCUGCGAGGACUGCAAGAGCGCACACAUGGACAUAUUGCGGCGAGAGAUCACUCGCUUUAAUUCACAGAUUCGCCGCAGUUUACAUCGGCUGCAGGACUCGCUGGCCAUCAUCGAGAAGAACACGAUGAGUCUGCAGACGAACGCGGUAAGCGUGACGGAGGAGAUCGAUGAGAUCUACAGGAGAAUCACGAAGGCAAUUAAGGAUAGGUCGGAUCAGUUGAAGGGCGAGAUCGAUCGCUAUUUGGCUGUGGAGUUGCGGAAUCUGAUGACGCUGAAGGAGAACUUGGAUCUGGAGAUCACCAACAUCAACAGCAACUGUGACAUUGUGGACAAGUAUAUGAACGAGACCGUCGAGUGGGAUGACUGCGAGCUCAUGGACACCAAGGAGAUCUUCCUGAAGACCGUCGAGUUCCUGCGCCACUUUGAGUACGAGAACAACGAUUACAGUCGCCGUGUGCGCUUCCUCGUCUCCAUAGAUCCCAACCAGCUGGUCAUGAACCUGGCCACAUUCGGAGACCUCAACAUUGCGCCCCACUCGACACCCGGCGGCUCAGUGAGCAGCUCCCAUCUCGCACCUCCCAGUGCUCUACAGCCCGGCCUGAUGCGUUCCAAGAGCGAUCACCGUCUGGCCACGCAGUUCCGGCAGCAGGAGGAGCGCGGCGGCUACAACGAUGAGCCCGUGCUGGGCGGCCGCAAGUUCGGCGAGCGACCUCAGCGAAGUGCCAACAACAACAACAACAGCGAUCGAUAUGGCGACAAUCGAUAUGGACGCUCCGAGUACGACUACGACAACGAUUACGAGAACGAGCCGGCGACUCGUGCUGGCAAAUCAUCGCGAUUCCGUUCACGCUUCGUGCGCUCCCAUCAGAACGAGGACUCGGACAGCGAGCAGCAGCAGCAGCGUCAGCAGGAGCUCGACAAGCGCAAGGAUCGCGUCCUCGACAGCGAGGAUGUCUCCCGCGGCCAGCUGAGUGGCAUCAUACGUCUCAGCGAUUGCUCGCGAGUCGUGCAACGUCUGGCGGACAUUGGCAAGGAGAAGAAGGAGAAGAAGUCCGAUGCAGCGGUCGCCGCUCAGGCUGCCGUCCAAGCAGCCAUCCAGGCCCAAAAGGCGGCCAUGCAGCGCCAGCAGCAGCAAUCCAAGAACCAGCAAUCCGCCGCAGCCGCCGACGAGGAUGAGCUGGCGCGUCAGAAGCGCAAGAGUACAGCGACCUCAGGAGCGGCCACCUCAGCGGCCUCGGCAGCCAGCGGCGAGUCCAGCAGCGAGCAGCGUCCCAACACGGAGCGUGUGUCGGCGCUGAAGCGAGGCGGAGGCCAAGGAGGCAGCGAGGACAGCGACAGCAGCAGCAACCAGGCGGUGGCAACUCCAGUGCGUACAGCGACGGCGACAGCGCGAGCCGAGGUAAGUGUGAGUGGGGCAAAUGAAGAAGAAGAAGAAGCAGAAGAAGGCGUGGUCAGUGACAGUGACAGUGGCAGCAGCGAGACAGAGAGCGAGACUGAGACUGAGAGUGAGGCAGAAGUAGAAGAGAAGAAGGAACAAGAGCAGGCAGUUAAAGCUGAUGAAGAUGAAGAUGACGAGUCCUCCUCAGAAUACGAAUACGUCGAGGUGACAGCCAGUGAAAGUGAAGAGAACGAAGAGGAGAGGGAGAGGGAGAGCGAGAGGGAGAGCGAGAGAGAACAGAGAGAGGCGCCAGUGAUUAAUGUGGUGCCAGCAGAGACAGAGCUAGCCGACAAGGUGGAAGAUAAUGAGAAUAAUGCUGAGCUAAUAAGCGAUGCUCAAAAACAAGAACCACAAAGAUCAACUGAAGCUGAGCAAGCAGCUGAAGCUGAGUAUACAGAGGAGGAAGCUGAGCUGACCGAGGAAGAAACCGACUCGGAGUCAGAGCAUAUAGCAGAGGUUGAGCCAGAGGCAGCUGCUCAACAGGCUGAUGAGCAGCAACAGGAGGAGGAUGAGGAGGAUGAGGAGGAAGAGGAAGAGGAGUACAUUCAGAUUGUGCAGCAUCUUUGUGCUGAUGGCAAGGGGUUAAGGGAGACAAAGCAACUAGAACUUGAAAUGAAACUGAAACUGAAACACUGGCAAAGGCAACACCAACAAUGUAAAUACAACAAAUACAAAAGCAACAACAAAUCGCAAAACCAAACAAAAAACAAUAGCCUAAAAAAAAUAGAAACAAAAACGAAUCAACAUUUUUCUAGCUACACAAGCCGCUUUCUAAACAAAAGCAAGAGCAGCGCCAUUGUAACGCAACCCUCGCUAUCCACGCCCACCGCCUCCUUUGAUGAGGAUGCCAACGGUACCGGCACCGGCGAUGAUUCGGACAGCCGCUACGGCACGGGACGUUCCCGUUAUCUGGCCAUGAAGGAGCGUCGCACUCGACUGGCGCGCAGUCGCUCCUCCCAUCAGUUUGGCAACGACGACGACGAUCUGGAUGAGCCCGUGUCACCGACAACAGUCUCGCCAUCCGCUUACUUGGCCUCAAGAUACAGCGGCUAUGGCAGCAGCGAUCUGUCCCGCAGUCGCUCCACGCACGCUCUCAAGUCUCGCGACAAUUCUCCACUCACGGAUCGCAGUGCGGGAUCGUCGCGCAGCGGUUUGGCCAGCACAUCGGCGGAUAACAAGGAUGGGGAGGCGUUGAGCUCGUGGGCACGGUAUUUGAAGAGCAAAUAUGGUAAUAAGAGCUCAAAGGAUGCGCCCAGCGGCAGCAGCGCUGGCAGCACACGCGACAGCCACGCCUCCUCGAGUACGACGGGGGCGGCGUCGCAUGCGCACGGCGCUGCUGGCAGCCGGAGCACGGCCAGCGAUGUGUCCCGACGAUUGAGCUUGGGUUUGCCACUGCGUCAGGCCAACGAGCUGGCCUCAUCCGAUGAUGACGGGUCAAAAAACGGGCUAGGCUCCCCUACGUCCCCUACGGUAGCAGCAGCAGCAGCAGCAGCCGGUAUAACCGGAGUGGCAGGUACUAUCCCUAAACAGGUGUACCUGCGCAAGCGCCAGCAGCUCUUCCAGUUGGGGGGCCGGGGGAGCGAGCCCGGAUCCUUUACCUGGCCGCGCGGCCUCGCCGUCGGCCCGGACAAUAGCAUCGUCGUCGCCGACUCCAGCAAUCAUCGCGUCCAGGUCUUCGACUCCAAUGGCAUCUUUGUCAAGGAGUUUGGCGAGUACGGCAACGGCGAGGCUGAAUUCGAUUGCCUUGCCGGCGUGGCGGUCAAUCGCAUUGGCCAGUACAUCAUAGCCGAUAGAUACAAUCAUCGCAUACAAGUGCUUGAUCCACAAGGACGCUUCCUGCGCGCCUUCGGUUCGCAGGGCACCGCAGAUGGCAAAUUCAAUUAUCCUUGGGGCGUAACAACCGAUGCACUCGGCUUCAUUUACGUUUGCGAUAAGGAGAACCACAGAGUGCAGGUUUUCCAAUCCGAUGGUUCCUUCGUUGGUAAAUUCGGUUCCUGCGGCCGUGGCGAGGGUCAGCUUGAACAUCCGCAUUAUAUAGCCGUAUCGAAUACGAAUCGUGUUAUUGUUUCCGAUUCAAAUAACCACAGAAUUCAGAUAUUCGACGUUAAUGGCAAGGUGUUGUCCACAGUGGGCGGUGAGGGCUCCGACGAUGGCCAAUUCAAGUUUCCACGUGGCGUCGCUGUGGAUGAUCAGGGUUAUAUAUUUGUGGCUGAUUCGGGCAAUAAUCGCAUACAGAUCUUCAAUCCCGAUGGCAGUUUUCUGAAGACCUUCGGCUCUUGGGGCUCCGGUGACUCGGAGUUCAAAGGACUCGAGGGCGUGGCCAUCAUGUCGAACGGCAAUAUUUUGGUAUGCGAUCGCGAAAAUCAUCGUGUUCAGGUAUUCUAAGUCACAAACACGACCACGACCACGUCCAUAGCCAACGGCAACCUAGUGCAUUACUUGGAUUAACUAUUUAUGAUUCAAAUUUUAAUUUCUUAACAUUUUUAUUUGAGUUCCCUUAAGACUUGAGUGCCACAAAUUGAAUGUCGACAUUUCUAGGCCUAGAAAUCAAUCAAUCAUUUAAGUAGCAAACUCGGAAAAUGAAAAAAAAAUCGAAAAAACUUGUUAAUACGAAGCAAAAAAGUAACUCUCUCUAUGUAUAAAUAUUUAUUGAAUAAAAAAAGCAAAGCGAAAACUCGUCAGAGUUGGAGUGAAA